AUGUCUUCAAUUUUGACUAAGGAUUUUUCACCACCUGACCCUUCCUCUUUCACUUCCACAUUAGCCUCAUCUACCUCACCAUCUGGCUCUUCAAAUCCUUCUUUAACACCUAAUGGUAGAACCACCACUACCCCAAUAAUGUCAAAUAGCAACAUCAAGUAUCGUUACGCUACCAGCACACAUAACUCUUCCGCUCAACCCUCAACAAACCAAUUUCAACGUGCAUACUACUCUUUCCCAUUAUUAGAUAGAAAUCACACACCACGAAAUAUUGCAGUAUAUUCGUUCUUAAUUGGGGCAACUUUUGGUGUGGGUAUAUCGGUAGCUGUUGGCUCAAAUACGGUGCCUCAAUUGGGUGGAUUCCUUACGGCGUUAGCCUUCUUUCAUAUCAUGGAGUAUUUGUUGACAGCUAUGGUUAAUGCGGAUAAAUUGUCUAUGGAUGCAUUCCUUAUACAUAAUGGUAUCUCGUAUCAUAUAGCACAUACUGCUGGUCUGAUUGAAUUUCUAAUAGAGUUAUAUUUCUUUCCGGAAUUGAAAAAAACUGAGUGGGCUAUUUUUAUAGGAGUGCUACUCAUAAUGAUAGGACAAACGGCACGAAGUCUCGCAAUGUGGCAUGCGAAGCACAACUUCUCUCACCAAAUUGCUUUUCAAAAACGUCGCGACCACGAACUAGUCACCACUGGCAUCUACAGCAUCUUACGACACCCUUCCUAUUUCGGAUUCUUUUAUUGGGCGGUGGGCACCCAAGUAUUGCUGUUUAAUCCUGUCUGUUUUGUUGGCUAUUGUGUGGUGUUGCAUCGGUUUUUCCGGGAUCGGAUUAAACAUGAGGAGUCGUUGUUGAUUAAAUUUUUUGGCGAGGAUUAUUUGGCGUAUCGACAACGGGUUGGGGUUUGGAUUCCAUUUAUCAAGUAA